AUGACUACCAUUCCCCAUCCUUUUGACCCUCUGAGGCCAGAAGAGAUUUCGAGGGCUUCUCGUAUCGCGCGCCCUCACUUCGGAAAUCGAGACCUCAAUUUCCGAGUCAUCACUCUUCUUGAGCCAAGCAAGAAAGAAAUGAUCAUUUUCCUUGAGAAGGAGCAACUUGGACAACAUAUAGAGCACAUCCCAACACGCUGCGCUAGAAUCGAGGUUUCUAUCAAAGGAGAAACUAGCGGCAAUCAACUUUUCGAGCUGAUCGUUGAUCUUGAUCGCGACACUGUUGUCAGGAAAGAGCACGUGGAAGGAAAGCAUUCUUACAUCGAUACCGAUUACAUGAAGGCUGUUGAGAAAGCUUGUCUUGCUAAUGAGGAGGUUCAAGCUGAGAUUCGUUCUCUCGAUCUACCCUCCGGGGCUACGGUCGUCGUAGAGCCGUGGGCGUAUGCGACGGAUGGGAUGAAUGAUAUGACUGAUCGAGUCAGCAUGUGCUGGUUUUACCUAAGACUGUUAGACAACCCCGAUGCAAACUAUUAUGCCUAUCCCUUGGAUAUUUGUGCCGAGGUAUCUGAGUCUCUUCAGGUCACAAAAGUCUACCGCUUACCAACCACACCACACGAGAGGAUCAACAAUGAAAAGAAGCCUUUCGACCAUCGGAGGAUUCAUUCCACGACUGCAAGCGAAUAUCACCCUGAUCUGAGACCCAACCCCCGAACCACCACCAAACCAUACCAGGUAGUCCAGCCGGAAGGUCCGUCUUUCCACAUUCAAGGCAACCAUGUCGAAUGGGAGAAGUGGGAUCUUCGUGUCGGCUUCAACUACCGAGAGGGCCUUACGCUUCAUAACAUUCGAUACGAUGGGCGGAGUCUCUUCUACCGUCUGUCACUGGCAGAAAUGUUUGUUCCAUAUGGAGACCCACGAUCCCCAUAUCCGCGGAAGGGUGCAUUUGACCUUGGUAAUGAUGGUGCUGGGAUCAAUGCCAACAACCUACAGCUUGGCUGCGACUGUUUGGGAACCAUCAAGUACUUCAGUGCGUACCAUAACACGCCAUGUGGUGAGCCUAUGGAACUGCCGAACGUUGUAUGCUGCCAUGAACAAGACGACGGUAUCCUCUGGAAGCACACCAACUUCCGAACGAAUACUCCUGUCGUGACACGCUCUCGCAUUCUUAUUCUACAGACUAUCAUCACUGUCAGUAACUACGAGUACAUCUUUGCGUGGCACUUCUGUCAGGAUGCUUCAAUCUUUUAUGAGGUUCGGGCUACGGGGAUUCUAUCGACUGCACCAACUUCAAUUGAUCACAAGGAUACGUACCCCUACGGCACUGUCGUGGCACCUGGUGUUUUGGCCCCGUAUCAUCAACAUCUUUUCAGUCUUCGCAUCGAUCCUGCAAUUGACGGCCAUACUAACACCCUUGUGGUUGAAGAGUCAAAGGCACUGCCUAUGGAUGACCCAGAGAUCCACAAUCCUUUCGGGGUGGGUUAUGUUACAGAGAGCCAAACGAUUGUGGAAGAAGGCGGGUUCGAUCUCGACUUCACGAAAGCGCGUACGUUCAAGUUCGUCAACGAGAACAAGAUCAACCCAAUUACUGGCACGCCUGUCGGGUUCAAGCUCAUGCCCUUCUACAGCCAAAUGCUUCUCGCGCACCCUAGUUCAUUCCAUGCAAAGCGCUCCGAAUUUGCCGAGCAUGCGGUAUGGGUGACAAGGCAUGAAGAUAACGAUCAUUUCCCUGCCGGCAAAUACACGAUGCAAUCAUCUGGCGGCGAUGGACUGGCUUCUGUUAUUGCCAAGCGUCGAAGUACUGGUACAGCUCAAUCUGUAAGGAACGAGGACAUUGUCAUUUGGCAUACUUUUGGCUCAACGCAUAAUCCGCGGAUCGAAGACUGGCCUGUGAUGCCGAGUGAGAAGCUCGUGGUGGGUCUCAAGCCGGUCAAUUUCUUCUCGGGGAAUCCAGGCUUGGAUGUUGCUCCCUCGACACAGGAGCAGAACAAGAGCGUGCUAUAUGCAGGGGAGGAUGUUGAAGGCUCCUCAUGCUGCGCCACCAAAACGUGA